AUGCAAGCCAAUGCAGCCUCUCGAGGAAUCCAAAAACAAAAGAAGAUGCAGUCCAUUGUUCGUGGUUCACAAACUUCAAGUCUCGUGUCCUCUACUACAACAAGAUCCAUCAAGAGAUUCAUCUCCAAUAUCAAUACUCACAAAUUGAUUCAAAAGAAUGACACUGUAUUGGUUAAUGUCGAUGACGACAUUGCCAUUUUGCAAAGCUUAGAUCCUCAGCUCCAUGGUAAGAUGGGUGUUGUUGUCGAAGUGAGAGGAGACGAAAUUGAAUUGGAAAUGCUCCCCGAACAGACUGACAGUGAAGACUCUGACAAUUCUAGCUAUGACAUGUUUUCUGCCUUGUAUAGAAGUUGCUCUUCCCAAACAAAGAGAGUUACAGUUCCAAGCUUUUGUGUUUGUUUGGAGGACAGAGUUUUGAGGAAGAGAUUGUGCAAUGCUUGA